GGAAGAAAGUAAAAACUAAAAAGUAAAAACGCAGUCGUAGUGGGAGAGAUCAGAAAUGGGAAGAGUGUGUGUGGAAGACAGAGAGCGAGAAGGGAGUUGAUUUGAAGUGUAAAGCUCGAGGAUGACGAUGAUGACGGUGGCCACCACACUGACUGCCUGACUCCCAACCUAAAGAAACACAAAUAUAAUUUAUGCAAAAUUCCUAAAUCCUCCAAGCUAGAUCCCAUCCAUGGAGUCCCAACCCCAGCCCCAGCCUCAGCCUCGGCGACCCCGCGGGUUCGCUGCAACCGCCGCUGCGGCUGCUGCCUCUGUGAGCCCCACCGGCACUCCCUCUGGAUCUGCCGGCGCAUCCACUGCCUCUUCCGGCAAGGGCAAACGUGAGAGAGAGAAAGAAAAAGAGAGGACGAAGCUUCGGGAACGGCACAGGCGAGCCAUCACUAGCCGUAUGCUGGCCGGCUUGAGACAAUACGGUAAUUUCCCUCUUCCCGCGCGUGCUGAUAUGAACGAUGUGCUAGCCGCCUUGGCCCGUGAGGCUGGUUGGACCGUUGAGCCCGACGGCACUACUUACAGGCACUCUCCACCUCCCCAACAUCAACAACAUUUGGGAGCAUUUCCGGUGAGGUCAGGUGAAAGUCCACUAACGGCUACUUCUUUGCAGAAUUGCUCUGUUAAAGCAACGUUAGACUGUCAGCAACCUGUUGUCAGAAUUGAUGACAGUUUGUCUCCAGCAUCUCUUGAUUCCGUUGUUAUAGCUGAGAGAGAUACACGGAGUGAGAAAUAUCCGAGUACGAGUCCCAUCAACUCAGUUGAGUGCCUGGAGGCAGAUCAGCUUAUACAAGAUGUUCAUUCAACGGAGCACGAUAAUGACUUUACAGGCACCCAAUAUGUCCCUGUUUAUGUAAAGCUUUCGACAGGUGUCAUCAACAACUUCUGUCAGUUGGCUGAUCCUGAUGGUGUUAGACAAGAGCUAAGUCAUAUGAACUCCUUAAAUGUAGAUGGAGUCAUUGUAGAUUGUUGGUGGGGAAUUGUUGAGUGUUGGAAUCCACAGAAGUAUGUCUGGUCUGGCUACCGGGAAUUAUUUAACUAUAUCCGAGAGUUCAAGAUGAAGAUACAGGUUGUAAUGGCAUUUCAUGAGUAUGGGAGAACUGAUUCUGCUGAUGUACUGAUCUCCCUACCAAACUGGAUUUUGGAGAUAGGAAAAGAAAACCAGGAUAUCUUCUUUACUGAUCGUGAAGGAAGGAGGACGACUGAAUUUUUAUCUUGGGGAAUUGACAAAGAACGUGUUUUGAAUGGAAGAACUGGUGUUGAGGUCUAUUUUGAUUUCAUGAGAAGCUUCAGGACAGAGUUUGACGAUUUGUUUGCAGAGGGUCUUAUUUCUGCAGUGGAGAUUGGACUUGGACCAUCUGGAGAGUUGAGGUAUCCCUCUUUCUCAGAAAGGAUGGGAUGGAGGUAUCCUGGCAUCGGUGAGUUUCAGUGUUACGAUAAAUAUUUACAACAACAUCUACAGAGAGCUGCUAAAUUGCGUGGGCACUCUUUCUGGGCUAGGGGACCUGAUAAUGCUGGUCAUUAUAAUUCUAGGCCACAUGAAACGGGAUUCUUUUGUGAACGGGGUGAUUAUGAUAGCUACUAUGGGCGUUUUUUCCUCCAUUGGUAUGCCCAGGCACUAAUGGACCAUGCGGAUAAUGUCUUGUCUCUAGCAAAUCUUGCUUUUGAGGAGACCAAGAUUAUUGUUAAGAUACCUGCAGUUUAUUGGUGGUACAAGACUUCCAGUCAUGCGGCAGAGCUGACAGCAGGAUAUUAUAACCCUACCAAUCAGGAUGGAUAUUCUCCAGUUUUUGAGGUUUUAAAGAAACACUCUGUGACAGUGAAGUUUGUAUGCUAUGGGUUGCAGAUUUGUAGUUAUGAAAAUGAUGAAGCAUUUGCUGAUCCAGAAGGUUUGAGUUGGCAAGUUCUCAAUUCAGUCUGGGAUCGAGGAUUGAAGGUUGCUGGUGAGAAUACACUUUCAUGUUAUGACAAAGAAGGGUGCUUGAGAAUAAUUGAGACAGCCAAGCCGAGAAAUGACCCUGAUCGUCGCCACUUUUCAUUCUUUGUCUAUCAACAGCCAUCCCCUUUGGUUCAAGGAGUAAUAUGUCUCCCAGAUUUGGAUUACUUCAUUAAAUGCAUGCAUGCAGGAGAUAUCACGGGUGAUCUAGUGCCCUGAUGAUGACGGUGGAUUUUGCUCUUUCUUUACACAUACAAAGUAGUACCAGUUUGGACUGUAAGGUAACAAUGUUAACAUGAAAGGUGUAGGACUGUAGGUUGUUAGGCUUCUAUCAGAGACUAUACUGAAUUUGGGCUGGUUGUAUUUUCUGUGCUCUUUUCAUCAUGUAAUUAGUGAUUAGUCACCUCAAGGUAUGGUAUUAUGGAUAACAUUGCCGGAAUCCAGUAAAUAUUGUUAGGGGGAUCUCAUCGUGGGAGAGAAAAAAACAUUGUAUUUCAUAACACUCAUCAAGGUUUGAUCAUCCAUUGACCA